CCCCGCAGGCUUACGAGACCGCCAGGGACCAUCAGCGGAUGCGGGCCCGUCUUCACCCCGCCUCCUCCUCCCAGCAUCAGCGUACUGGUUACGCCUCCUCCUCCUCUCACGCCACUUCCCAGCGCCGUUCCCCUUUCCGCAGUCGCCCCCGCCGUUCCGCGCAACAGGGCCGCCACUUCUCGUGCCGCUUCAACGCGCUCGAGUAUGGCUCGUCGGGAGCCGCUCUGCGUCGCCUUCUCACCAUCCUCUCUGACCCUGAUCACACCCUCCCGAUCAUUCCAGAACGACUCGGGACCUCCACGAGGGUGUACUCAGCGCUGUGGGAUUCCGGUUCUCAGGGCGACUUCAUUCACCCACGUGUGGUGAAAGAAGCCUGCUUACCCACGACAGGGUCUCCGACUCCCAUCUCUGUUACCUUAGGGGAUGACAAGACCCAGCGCUUCUUCGAUCAGACGGUCACCAACCUCCCUUUCUUCCUCACUCUCGAGCCGACUGAUCGUCCCCCGGCGUCUCGUCGCCACCGCUCCUCUGCACAUUUCGAUGUGAUGGAGACGGGGUACGACUUCAUUCUCGGCACUCCGUGGUCUCGCCGGUUCCGCAACACUGAGGCCGAUUGGGCGACCAACACUCUCGUUCUCAAAACCAAGUGUGGACAGACGUAUCGCGCACCUUUCAUAGGUACCACUGCGACACCACGCCCCGAUCCUCCUCCCCCGGAGCCUUCCGUGCCCACACCAUCUCCUUCUAUCACUGUCACCUCGCCUCGGCAGUUCGCCCACUUCAUCCGACAGGACGACGUCACCUUCUUUAUGGUGAACGUGACGGAUCUCUUACACUAUGAUCCACCCUGUCCCGACGCCGAGCUCAUCCUGCUGGAGCCAGAUCCUCCUUCUAUCUCCAUGACUCCCAUCUCUACUUCCGUCCCUCCGCCGUCCGUCGACUCCACCCUGCCGUCGCGCGCUGACGCUGACGCUGAGGAACUCGUACGCUAUACGGCUGACCCGGAGCCCGCAGUUUGUGACCUCAUUCAAGAGUACCACGACGUUUUUCCAUCGUUGUUCUCGUACGCUGGCAUCCCACCAAUGCGCGACGUCGAGCACUCCAUCCAGCUUGUGUGUGACUAUCGUGUUCACCACCACGCACCCUACAGACUCUCGAUCCCCGAGGCCACCAAACUCCAGCGUCAGCUUGAGGAGCUCCUGAGACUGGGUUUCAUUAAACCCAACAACUCCCCAUGGGAUGCACCCAUCCUCUUUGCUCGCAAAGCGGAUGGAACUCUCCGUCUCUGCAUCAACUAUGGCGGCCUCAACCCCGACCUGCCGAAGACAGCGUUCCGAUCGCGCUUCGGCCACUACGAGUUCACGGUGAUGCCAUUCGGCCUAACCAACGCACCCGGUACCUUUCAGAGGGCGAUGAACGACAUCUUCAGGGACAUCUUGGAGCAGUACGUUCUCGUCUACCUCGACGAUAUCCUGGUCUACAGUCGUACCCUUGAGGGGCACCUCAAACACCUCCGCGAUGCCCUUGACCGCUUGCGCAGACAUGGCUUCUAUGCCAAGCUGAGCAAGUGCCGCUUUGCCCAGCACAAAGUGGAUUUCUUAGGACAUUACGUGUCUGACCAGGGUCUCCACAUGGACGACGCGAAGAUCACUGCUAUUGCGGAGUGGCCCGUCCCCACAUCCGUCGAGCAGCUUCGCUGUUUCCUAGGCCUUCCCAGCUACUAUAGUAAUUUCAUCCAGGGAUACGCUAGUUUCACCACUGAGCACAUCAAGGGCGAGACUAAAUGGGUCGCAGAUGCCUUAUCCCGGCGCCCUGACCACGACCAGGAGCAGAUCCAUCUCUCUUCCAUCUCGGUCACCACUGUCCACCACUCGGUGAUCGACGAGUUUCGCACUCAGUACCGCCACUGCCCCGACUAUCACGAUAUCCACGUGACGCUUCGGAGUGGCAAGACCGUCCCGAACUACUCUCUCGGGGACAACGGUCUCGUGUACUGGCACGGUUCACAGAGCACCAGAGAGCCCCGUAUUUGCGUUCCCUCCACUGGACAGCUACGUGUCCGAGCAGUAGCAGAGUUCCAUGAGCAGGCAGUCGCCGGUCAUAUGGGCUUUCACAAGACAUUGGCUCGCGUGAGCCGCCUGUACGUCUGGCCGAAGCGCAAGGACUUUGUGAAGGACUACGUCGCAGAGUGUCCCACCUGUCAGGAGGUGAAAAGUGCGAACCACCUUCCUUAUGGUUUGCUUCAGCCUCUUCCUAUCCCUGAGGGUCGUUGGCAGUCCAUCUCCAUGGACUUUAUCGGUCCCCUUCGUCCUCCGACCCCCCGCGGUCAUGAUGCUGUCCUGGACGUCGUCGACCGCUUCACGAAGCGUGCACGCUUUGUUCCGUGCCGCUAUGCCAUCAGUGCACGUGAGGUCGCCGACAUCGUGUUUGACCGAGUCAUGCGUGACCACGACUUACCUCUGAGCAUCAUAUCUGACCGUGACCCGCGCUUUACCAGCCAAUUUUGGCGACGACUCCACAAGGUGUACGGCACAUAGCUCCGCUUCUCCUCGUCUUACCAUCCUCAGACUGAUGGUCAGACCGAG